GGAGGAGCAGGAAAGCGGCGCGGCGAGACGAGGCGCCUGGACGAUUCCCUGGCGAGCCCGGGGCGCGACCGGCCGGCGGGACCCUCGGCCGGGAGGAGGCGGCCCCGUGGGGGGAUUGGCUGAAUGCCUAGAAGCACUUGGCUCCAUCUAUCCUUUCCUCAAGACCAGGAGAACCAAAGUGAGGAGAGGAAUCGAAAAAGCAGGACCGAAACCAGGAAACAAUUAUGUCAAGAAAGAGAAAAAUUGACUCCGAGUGCAGGCUAUUCCAAGAACAGUGGACUUACGAUUACUUUUUCAUGCAGUCCAAGGAAAGAGCGGUUUGUCUGAUAUGCCAGAAUUCAGUGUCUGUGUUCAAGGUGUACAAUUUGCGUCGACACUACGAAACUCAACAUAAAGAUAAAUAUGAUUGUUUGGUCGGACAGGCGAGAAAAGACAAACUAUUAGAACUGAAAAAUGGAUUGACAACACAGCAAAAUACUUCUGUGAAGCAGAAGCAGCAGCUAAAUAUUUCAUCGCUGCGAGCAAGUUUUCAAGUUGCCAAGCUCAUUGCGAGCACUGGCAGGCCAUUCUUAGAGGGAAAAUUUGUGAAAGAAUGCCUUCUUUCUCUUGCCAAAGGGAUGUGUCCAGAGAAGGCCGAUUUAUUUAGUACACUGAGUCUUUCAGGACCUACAAUUACACGAAGGAUUGAAGAAAUGGGGGCCAAUCUGCAUCAGCAAUUACAAAAGGCCUCAAAACAACUUUGCUAUUUUUCACUGGCACUCGAGAAAAGCAAUGAUGCUCGUGAUUCUGCACAACUGCUCAUUUUCAUUCGUGGGACGAAUGCUCAUUUCGAAGUCACAGAGGAGCUAGCUGCACUGAAAAGCUUCAAAGGAACAACCACGGCAGAGGAUAUCUACGAAAAGGUUUGCCAGACUGUGGAUGAGCUGGAGCUGGACUGGGCGAAGCUAGCCGGUGUGGCGACUGAGGGUGCUCCUAGCCUGGCGGGGCCUGUGGAAGGCGCGGUCGCGUGCAUCAACCAGGCGAUGGACAGGCACCACCACGCGCGCCCCAUUGCCGUGCGCUGCCUCAUCCGCCCGCAAGCGCUGUGCUGCAGUUCGCUGCAGUGGGACUCCGUCAUGAAAACGGUGGUGUGGUGUGUGAACUUCCUUCGGGCUCAUGCGCUAAACCACACAGAGCUUCGGGAACUUCUGUCUGAGCUAGAAGAUACGCUGCCCCACACAGAAGUCCGCUGGCUGAGUCGAGGGAGAGUGUUGAAACGCUUCUAUGACUUGCUUCCACAGGUCUCUGCUUUUCUGCUUUCGAAAAACAAAGACGUGCCAGAGCUCAGAGACGUAGAGUGGAGGUGGCACCUUGCCUUUCUGACUGACGUGACAGAGCUGCUCAACAGUUUCAGUGUGCGGCUCCAAGGAAAGGGGAAGCUCAUCAGUGAUAUGCAUUCCCACGUGAAAGCAUUUCAAGUAAAAUUAGACCUCCUUGUUAAACAAGUGGAGGAGGAAAACUUCUGCCGUCUCCCCACAACUCAGAAGUUGCUGGCGGAAAAACCAGCAGUUGCGUUCCCAAAGAAGACCUGUGUGGAUUCACUGGAAAUGUUGCAGAAGGAGUUUCAACUGAGAUUUAAAGAGCUUCAUCUCCAUGAACUGGACAUACUGCUUUUCCGGAACCCUUUUUCUGUUGACAUUGAAGUUGUUGAUCCGAUUUACCGAACGGAACUGGCCGAACUACAGAAUUGUGACUCUCUGAAAGACGCAUUCAAGUCAAGCAGCCUUACCAGUUUCUAUGCCUCUCUCUGCUCUGAGACGUAUCUUAAUCUCAGGAACCACGCGCUCAAAAUGGCAACCCUCUUUGGCAGCACCUAUGUCUGUGAACAGACUGUCUCCCGAAUGAAACACCUGAAAUCUCCAACCAGGUCCAGACUAACUGAUGCACGCUUGCUUCACUUGUUACGACUGGCAGUGACAAAUAUGGAACCGGACAUUGACCAUCUCAUUAGCCAAAAGCAGGCCCAUACUUCCCAUUGAAAGACUAAUAAGUUUAUGUGGAUUCAAAUUGUUCUU